CCUUGUCCUUUGCUCCACCUUGCCAUCCAUCCAUCCAUAUAGCUAGCUCUCCACGAUGCGCUCUCCCCUGUGCUCUGCACGUAGCCAUAUCACACCGCACACGGUACUCGUCCUCCUCCUCGCAGAGCUUGCACCAGCACGCCACCUUAGCUUGCUGUGCUCGCACUCGCACAGUUGCGAGCGCAUUGCAUUUGCGCAGCACGCAGCUAGGCGGCCGGGAAGCAUAGCUGGCAGAUGGCGAGCAGCGCGGGGGACCGGUUCCUGAGGCAGCUGAGCGCGAGCAACGGCGGCGACGACGAAGGGGUCUGCGGCGGCCUGCAGCUGGACCAGCAGGAGUACGGCGGCGCCGGCGCGGGGAGGAGGGGCUCCCGGCGGUGGUCCAAGAAGCGGGCCGCCGCCGCCGCCGCCGCGAGGGGCUACGGCGCCGGCGCCGGCGGGUACGGCGUGAAGCAGCAGGCGGAGGCCGCCGCAACUGCCGCGAGGAAGCGGGUGAUGGUGGUGGUGGAUGAGACCUCGGGCUCCAAGCACGCCAUGAUGUGGGCGCUCACCCACGUCGCCAACAAGGGGGACUUCCUCACGCUGCUCCACGUCCUGCCGCACUCCGGCAGCGGCCGGGGCGAGGAGGCCUCCUCCCUCGCCAACUCACUCGGCACGCUCUGCAAGGCCUCCAGGCCAGAGGUGGAGGUUGAAGCCCUUGUGAUCCAAGGGCCCAAGCUGGGCACCGUGCUCAGCCAGGUGAAGAAGCUGGAGGCCUCCGUGCUGGUGCUCAGCCAAUGCAAGCCAUCUCCUUACUGCUGGCUAAGCUGUUUGCUACGGAGCAGCAGCGAGGAGUUUGUGGAGCAAUGCAUCAACCAGGCGGAGUGCCUGACGCUGGCGGUGAGGAAGCAGAGCAAGGGCGUCGGUGGGUACCUCGUCAGCACCCGGUGGCAGAAGAACUUCUGGCUGCUGGCUUGACGACCAUUUUACCUAGUUGCGGCUGCUACUACUCCACGAUCAUGUUUUGUGUAACCAUAGAGUGUCUGCUGUCAUUUCGUGUAACCAAGUGCAUCACCAAAAAAAAACUUCUGCCUCUCUCUCUCGAUCUGUAUUCUGUGGCAUGUCGUGUAUGCGUCCGUGGAUCGUCCUGCCUCCUUCCUGUUGUAAAGCCAAAUAGCCCCCCAAAUCUGACCACCCUCUCCUACAAACCUGUAUCUUCCGUCCCUGCGAGUCUUCAGCGUUCGUGUAAUCUGUACUGGACAAUCAUGUAAGGCUGCAUAAAUGACCAAUUCUGUUGUACGGUGCU